CGACAUGCUGUUCUUUUGAAUUUUGUUUUUUGUUUGGAAAAAUUAGUUAACACAACUGACACGAAGUCCACAUUACAAUCAUCGACCACAAAUUCGAUUUCACUUCGAACACUUCUCGACCUUCUCCAAUCUCCACUAGUUUUAAUGUUAGUCGAUGAAACAUCUUUUAUCCUUCGUAUGCUAACGGCAAAACACUUUUAGCAAUGCUUCAGUGCUUCGGAAAGGCAUGUGGGCAUACUAUACGUAUUUGAUUCAUCAUUCGUGAUUUCGUGCGGUGUAAAAGAAUGCUUUAUACUUAUAGUGCCUUUUGAAUGCACUGUUCGACGUGUUCGUCGUUAAGGUGCUGGUUUGUCACGAAGCCGUGUUACAGGAGCCUAUCGUUGUCGUCUGUAUCUGAGUCGCUUGGAUUGUGAUUCGCAUACAACUGUCGUAACGUGGUGUUUGUCGCUGUAUCUGCAAGUGUAGGCAAUCCAAUUGGUGAUGCAAUCAAUCAAGGUCUAUGUAGUGGAUUUAUGAACUAAACAAAGAUGAAGUUGAAAUGUUUUCACUGGAAGACAAGGACGAAAUUUAUGGUGAUCAUAUUCACCAUAUGGCUAUUGCAAGCGGCAUGGCUUGGUUUUUACUUCAGAUCCGAGGGAAACCGGGUCCAGAACGUGAAUACGCUUUACGAAGAUCUAUCAGAAUCGCAUAUAUCUGAGGAAACGCUGAAGGAAUCUCUUGGAAAACUGCUGAAGGUGCACCACGAGGAAACAACAAUUGAGGAAACCACGACAUUGAAAUUAGUCCUGGAAAUUAGCGAUGUAACGUUUCCCAGAGCGGUAAACACCGCUGAGAAGUCCGGCUCAAACAGCGAGAGUUCUCCGAAGAAAUACGCUUACGUCAUUGGACGAUAUUGGGAGCAAAUGACACAGAGCAUGCGAGCUUUCUUAGCAUUAGUCUUGCAAGCGUCGUCCUCAGGUCGUAGUGUGGUAGCUACGAUGGUUAAGGAUUCCCGUUUUCAAACCUUCGGUUAUCCGAUCGACUAUUACUUCGAUAGAAGUCAAAUCAGAGAAAUCCUGCGAACGAACGGUUACCCCGAUAUCGUAGACAAGGAGGAAUUCCAACGGGAGUGCCCUCCGGAAUCCCCAAACCACACGAGCGUGCAUUUCUUGUACGACCAGGAAAAAGCCGCGACUUAUACUAAGAACCUGUUUAAGCUUGACGAUGCAACCUACGCGAAUGUCAGCCGACAAGCUAGGAACCGCGGCUGGGCGCGUUGCAAUUUUAUGCAAAAACUCACAAAGCAAACAUCGCGAUCUGAAAUGUUGUGCGUCGAUACGACUGUGGUGACGGAUUGGGAGGUGUUUGAAAGGGAUGUCAUCAAAUCUCCCAGAUGCCUGAACAUCGUUCUGUGGCGAGGAAUUGGAGAGUCGUUUCGUGCGAGAUUCAAAGAGGAUCGUCUAAAACUCUAUUCGCGCGAUUUUUUCAUCUCGCUCAAACCAAGUCCAGAUAUUUUGCGCGAAGUCGAGAAAUUUAAAAGAGAGGUCUUCGGCUAUUCGAAAUACAUUGGUGUCCAAAUUCGCGGCGAACAUGUCGCCAUUUUGCAUGGCCUUGCUUUCUUAAAACAAUGCAUUCAUCUGUUAGGGUAUGUUCUCAGAUUAUUGAAAGGUUUUUUUGGCACAGAGCGAGUGUUUGUUGCUACAGAUAUGUCUCAAUACGGGUCGAAAUCGUGGAAAGACUCCGUGAAACGAGACAACGUAACAGACGAGACUCUACCAGCUCUUCAAGAAUUGGUGUUGUCGGUAACGAACGGUGUCACUUUCGCGCGAACCGCUGACAAGAAAGCGCGGCUCGAUCGCGGGCUCGUAGCCUUGAUCGAAGUAACAUUAGUAUCGCAGGCUGAGAGCUUGCUGACCAUCGGACAUUCGUCAUUUCAUGAGUGGACAAGUUCGAAAUUCUUGGAUUUUCAUCGCAACGAAUCGCCGGCCAUGUGGUCAUUAGUAAAAUUAUGUCAGUUUUAAUCCGAGAAAUCGCUCGCUAGCGCUAUUUUAGCUCCCUUUAUUAAGGGCUGCCUUUUACGCAAGCGUUUUUCAUACGUGCGUGUAAACACGGAAAAAUUGAA